GCUGUUCCCUCGGGAAGGCUGUGUGGCACGACCAGUGGCUGCAGCGUGGGUGUUCGGAAAGCCCCUCAGACGGCCCUGAGUUUUCUCAGUGUGCGCAUACUCCUGUAGCCUUUGCAGAUAGCAGCCACUGUUGUCUUGGGCAUGGUCCGAGUUACACGGCCCCUUGUUGAUGCUCAUGUGUGGCCUUGUGCAUGUGUGGCCGGCUCUCGGCGUCCCUGGUUUAUCACUUUUGGUGGUUUCAGCAGCGCUACCUGUCCCUGGAGUUUAUCACAUCUUGGGAGAUUUUCACACGCCACCUCUCGGAACACACUUUCCCUGUUUGGGCUGGCCUGCUGUUUUCUGGUAACAGUUUCUCUGCACUGAGCAGUAGCAGCAGAGACUGUUAACGUAAAAUCACACCACUGGGGACUUUAGAGAGAGAAUGGAGACCUGCAGACGGGCAGGUUGGACAGGGUGGACCACUAUCUUCCACUGUUGUCGCAGUCCAGUUUGUUCAAGUACAUCCAUAAAUGUGUGUCUGGUGCAUCAGCGGAGACUCUUGGGAUGGGAGGGUGACUGGGCAGGUUUAGGUUUCCUUUCAGAUGGAGAAAUUGUGGCGCUGACUGAAGAUGUAGAGCAAGUCCAUGGUGGACCCUACAGGUCUUAUGCUCUGUUUCCUUGAGCCAGCUGCUAAAAAUACGUGUUUGCAUUCUUGAAAAGUCACCCUCCACUUUUUCCCAGGGGGAGUCUGGUGAAAGCUGAGUGGAAGCCAGGCCGGAGCAUCGUAGAACUGCAGUCCCCUGCGGGGAAGUUUUGGCACACCAUGGGGUUCACAGAGCGUGGCAAACAGUGCCUGCUGCCCGAGGAAGCUCUGUACCUGCUGGAGUGCGGCUCUGUUCAGCUCUUUUACAGGGAUUUGCCCUUGUCAAUCCAGGAAGCAUACGAGAUCCUGCUGUCCCAGGAGGCAAUGAGCCUACCACAUUACCAGGUGUUCAGCCACUUGAAGCAACUGGGUUAUGUUGUACUGAGAUUCGACCCCAGCACUGUCCUGUCUCCCUACGAGAGGCAACUGAACCUGGAAAGUCACUGCGAGACCUCUGGGAAACACCAUCGCAAAAGGAGGAGGAGUUCCAGCCCCCGGUUGCAUGAGAAGAAACAUAAGGUAUCUGAGGACCUUCCAGAAGCUGAAGAGACCUCUGAAAAAGCUGGAGAUGACUGUGGAGACUCCAGCUGCCUUCCUAUGGAUGAAAAGCCCGUGUCAGAACAGCCAAAGGAAUUGGAUGCUGGCAGUGGAGAGGGGAAGUCAAACCCAGUUCCUCUUGAUACAGGACAAAAGGACUCCCUAAGCCCCUCCAGGAGCUGGGCUGGAGACCACAAGGAGAGCAGCACUGGCACCCGUGCACCCCGCUGGGAUUUUACCACCAUCAUCUUGCCAAACAUGGCCUCAGAUCAGCCGUGCACACAUCUGCCCUCACCUGCCAACGGGCUCCUGCCAGAGAAUGUGCCGGGGAGGGAGGUUGAUGCAGCUUUCUGGUGCACACGCAUCAAUCAGAAACAGGAGAAGCUGUCACGGAAGGAAAGGGAGCAGCGAGAGAGGGAGAGCAGAUACAAGAGCAGUGUCAAUGCUGACCAGGAGGUGAGGCGCUGCUCCAACUGGCAGGAGUACAAAGCCCUUUUGGAGCAGAGGAGCCAGCAGAGGCUUUGGAGACGACCACCGCAUCUCUGGGACCAAGCUGUCACACCGCUUUUGCGGCCAGAUGAAGCUACCUCAUCAGCUGCGCUGCUCCAGCAGAUCAGCGUGCUGCAGCCUUCCCACAUCCUGGAUGGAGCCUCCCGGCUGCAGGAUGACCCAGAGGGCAUAAAGAUAGACUUCAAUGUGUAUCAAGCAGAUGCUGUGGCCAAGUUUAAGAAGACAAACCCUGGGAAGCCAUAUGUCAGGAUGUGUGUUCGGAGCUUUGAUGAGCAGAUUCCAUCCCUUCGGGCUUUGAAGCAGGUUACGUAUCAGAGUGGGGACGUUCCAGUGGUCUUUGCGCUGGUGGAUCAUGGAGAAAUUGCCUUUUAUUCGCUAAAGGAAUUCAAGCUGCCAGUUGACGUUCAUCACUGAAGUUGCUGUCACUUGCAGAAAUGGUAUGGGACGAAGAGAAGUUUUACUCAGGAUUUGUUUUCUUGAUUAAUGAAAUAUUACAGAAAAUAGAGCCUGUUCCUGAUAACUGGAACCUUGGGUAGUUGACCACUUUAUUCGUUGUUACAGACUUCACCCAACCAGAUGGCUCAGGCAUAAUAGCAAAAUUUACAGCAAUUUACAAUUUUUAGAAGUUACUUGUAGUGUGAAUGGCUUAGCUGGGCAUUUCUGGACGUGAAUACACACUGCUUUGUUCUUGAAGCCACUGGUUCUCCAGUUUUCUCAUCUCAUGGGCCACUAGUCUGCCUUUUCUGUGUCAUCUUUGGCUGACCUGUGGACCAUUAGAAAACACUUGGCUGGUGAUCCUCUUGUCACAUGUUAAGAACUACUGUGCUACACCAGUUGAAUGGUUGGAGAGUGAGUGAGGUCAAUCAGGAGCAGAAUAAGCUGAUCAGAUCAGUGGGGGUGUCCUGAGCCUCUGUCAUUCAGCUACGCCAACAACUGUCAGAUCAGAUUCUGAUCUGAAAAAGGCACAGCCGUAAAACUCAGCCACACAGAGUUUUCAGGCACUCGAGAGUGGGAAACUGCCUUGAACGCUAUUUCAUCCGCCGGAGGUCACAGACAGUCCCAGAGCACUGCAGGUGGCACCCCAGCUGUGCUGAGAUGCGUUUUGGUCACCCAGCAUUAUGCCAUAUUAAGUUUGGCCACCAGUAUCAGCAUACUGUAUCUGAAAGUCUCAUCGGGGCUGUACUGCAGCCCCCCUGUUUCAGCCUGACAUCCUCUUUCCUGUCUGUGGAUCCUUGUCUUUUCUUUUCCAAGUGAGAUCCCUGAGUAAAGAAAGAAGCUACAAAUUCCUCAUGAGCCUUCCAGUCCUAUAGCUGUUGUGCUCCAAAUUGAGGACAUCAUUGCUUUCCAGGGAGCUUUUCCUGGGGGAGCUUUCCACCAGGAUAUCCAGGUACCAAAUUUGCUUUAGCCUCUAUGCAAAAGUGCCAGUGAUGGGUGCCAGAAAGUCUGCUCAGUAGAUAGAAGUGUGCUGAGCAUGGCUGUGUUUGGCAUCAAGGUUCUUCAGAACUGUAAUAGCAACUGGUUUAGAUGCAUUUUAUUUUAUAAUUUUUGAGUUCCUUUUG